CACUUCCGUUUUUUCUCGUUCGUGCUUUCUUUCGCAAACUUGCAGGAAUCCUGUUGUUGCCGCUUCUGCUUGUGAAAGUUUCAUCGGAACGUUCUUGGAUAUCGCAUAUUAUUUUUCCAGAAAAUCGUUGGUGAAUCAGCUUUUUUUUUCGUGAAAGACGCAUAAUGUCAGCGCGUAAAAAGCCAGCAGCUAAAGGCCCGUUUUUCUUCUUCAUGUUGGAAUUUCGUCGACGAGAAGAAAGCAGAGGCAAGAGUUUUCCUGGUGGAAUGGACCAAGUGAUGCGCGAAGCCGGACCGUUUUGGAAUCAAUUGACCGAUAUCGAAAGAGAGGUUUACAAAGACCGGGCUAAAUCGUACAAGGAACUUCCAAAGCAAAACUAUGGCGAAAAGUAUACUGCGCAAGGAAUUGCCUACUCGCAGGUAGAAAUGGAGAAACAGCAACUCUUGAAGAAGCAGGCAACGAUUCGUAAGACAAUCUCCGAAAUGAUUGAAACCGCUUCGUUGAACAAUGCACUCGAGAAGUUAGAGAUUUUUUUCAUAUCCUGCAAUUAUUUCUGUAAAACAUACACUGAAGAGUACGUUCCAGCCGAAAUGGCACUCAUUAAAUACAACUUGGAACUGGGCGUGUUGGAUAGACUCCACCUGUUAAUUAACCCUGUGAAGCUUCCAUUGGGUUUGGCACAUGAAGCAAGAAACUACAGUGAGGAGUCUCACGAGCUCCCAACGCCUCCAAAUGCAAUGGGAGAAACUGAUUUUCUGAUUUUACUUCAGAAGAUCCUGAGUUUUACUGACUACAAUAAGAAACCAUACAAACUUUUUCCACUCAUGACAGAUGCCAAGGAAGUUCCGGUGAUAGAGAGCAUUAUCAAACAGCUGAACGACGAAGCCAAAAUUGAGUACCAAUUUUUGGUUAUUCCGUUAGGCGAGUUCUUCUUUCAACUGAAACGCGCUACCGAAAAGUAUGGGUUGGAUAUUUGUACUUUUCCUACUAAAACAGUUGCAGAUAUUCUGCUCAAGAAGGAUGCUUACGAAUAUACGAGCGGAAUUGCUUGUGAUUUUCACGAAAAGAUGGGCAAUCAGAGGUUCUGUGCACUGUCGAAGGUUAUCCGUUGGUCAUACAUAAUCUCAGACAACUGUUGUCUAGAUUUGAGCAUUGACUUGAUUGCCGGUCGUCAUUUACCGUCGAACGCUGAUACAACGCUGUGCUCAGAUUUGUACGAAACCACUUCCAGAACUAAUUUAAGCCAAGCCGACGGAGUGUCUUUCGUGUCAUCAUCGGAGCUGAGUAACUUCACAUUGCCGAAGAUUCAGAAGGUUCGGGCUAAGAGUCCCUUCCGUAACAUGGAGGACAAGAAUGGUUCCGUCAUAUACAGCUCCAGAACAGUGACCAAGAACCUGAAGAAGGAACCAUCCGAUACUAACGCUGCCCCAAUUAAUCCGUUUCACAUGCUGGAUUGCAAUGAUAGUGUCUAUGCUCCGAACUAUCCUGGAAGAAGCAGAGGAGCUGGUGCAGGCACCAGCUACAAUCCAUUCAGCAGACAGAAAAAGCUAGAAGCGGUACGCGAGCCGCACGGGUUGGACGUUAAGGGUAAAGGUCGUGGAACAUUGCUCGUGUCGGCCAACAAUUCCUUUAGUUCUAUGCUGAAAGGGGCAGGUCGAGGAGCAGGAUUAUUUUCCGGGCUGUCUUCUGUUGGAACCAAAUCAUCGAUCAGAUCGAGUGAUGAUGAAGAUUAAAUGUUCGGUGAGUAGGACAAGGAAAAAGAAUGUUUUAUUAUUCUUGAAGAAGUUUUUUUUUGUUUCAGAAUUUUGACUUUUUUUUAAUAGAGCGUGACAAUGUCAUUUGAGCUCGAGUAGUUUAGGCCGUUAGCAUAGACUUAUGUGAGGAGACUCUGUUUUUUUUUUCUACACACUGAAAUAUAAUGUGUAAUUAAUAAUACAACUAUGAAUUAGCUGUUUAAGGCUAGAAAUAAAUGUUCUUUCUUUUA